AUGUAUGACUUAUCAUUUCAUUUCCAGGUAGUUGAGCUACUUCCGAAUGGUAAAGACAUCGCUGUAACAAACAGCAAUAGAAUACUGUACAUACACCUUGUAGCCGACUAUCGGUUAAAUAGACAGAUUCACAGUUAUUGUCAAGUCUUUCGAGCUGGUCUCGCGGGCGUUAUUGACUUGGACUGGCUGCGUAUGUUCGACCACCAAGAGAUUCAGGUUCUCAUUUCCGGUGCGCAAGUCCCCGUCGAUGUAGAUGAUUUAAAGCGAAACACAAAUUACUCAGGCGGAUUUAAUGAAGAUCACCCUUGCAUACAAUCGUUUUGGCGCGCGGUCGAGAGCUUCGACGACACGCAAAAGAGACAACUAUUAAAAUUCGUAACGAGUUGCUCAAGACCACCGCUGUUAGGAUUCAAGGACUUGUACCCAGCCUUUUGCGUCCACAGUGCUGGACAAGAAGACAGGCUUCCCACAGCAAGUACUUGCAUGAAUCUCCUAAAAUUACCCGAGUUUCCCGACGAUGACACCAUGAGAGAAAAGCUUCUGUACGCUGUUGAAUCAGGGGCAGGAUUUGAACUAAGCUAAAAUCGUUUUUAAUAAUGAUAAUUGUAAUUUAUAUGCGAAAUAGAAUAAAACUGAAUGCCGAACUGA